AUGGCAUCACUGGUGCAUUUGGUCGUAGAGAAUUAUAACGAGUUCGUUGAAACCAGAGAUCCCAUGGUGGAUUCAUGGCUCUUCAUGAAAUCCCCUAUUCCUGUAGUCUCCAUACUUCUGGUGUACCUUUACUUCGUACUGAAAUUGGGGCCUCAAUUGAUGUCCAAGAGAAAAGCCUUCGAUUUAAAGGGAGUAAUGAUAGCCUACAACGCCUACCAAGUGUUGUUCAGCCUGUGGCUCUGUUCUCAGGCUCUGAAGGUCAAGAAACCUGUGCAGAUUUUGAGCAGCACCUGCAAGAAUCCAUCAACGAACAAGGAAUUCCAAGAAGUGUUGUCGAAUGGUGCCUGGUGGUAUUUCUUUUCGAAAAUUGUGGAACUUUUAGACACAGUGUUCUUCGUACUCAGGAAAAAACAAUCUCAGGUCACCUUCCUGCAUGUGUAUCACCACGCCAUAACUAUGUUUUUCUCAUGGGGAUAUCUGAAAUUUUUACCAGGUGAGCAAGGCGUAGUGAUAGGAUUUCUGAACUCUCUAGUCCACGUGGUUAUGUACUUUUACUAUUUCCUGUCAGCGUUAGGUCCCAAAUACCAAAAAUACCUCUGGUGGAAAAAGUACAUGACUUGGAUUCAGUUGACGCAGUUUUGCAUUAUGCUCGCCUACCUGGUGUUCAUCAUUGCCAUGGACUGCAAACUGCCCAAAUCUUUGACCUUCUUCUUCGUGGGCAACGUUGUGGUCUUCUUGUACCUCUUCAGUAAUUUCUACAGGAAAGCGUACACCAAGAAACACUCGGUGGUACAGGAUGGACCAAGUACAUCGAACGGCAUAGUCAAGCAAAUCAAAACGAACUAG